AUGAUUCAUUCGGGCCAAAAACCAUAUCGUAUACAUAUCACUAUGACAAAUGCGAUUGAGAAAAAGAAAUUAUUUAUAUUGACAAAAGGAAGAGAUAAUAUUCAAGCGAAUAAAAGACAAACAAACAAAGUCGAAGGCAGACAGAAUUUUCAUGAAAUUUGGCGAUUAUAUGAUAUCAGUAAACAAAACUGA